UUGCGCCUUGGUGCUGCAUUGGCGGUAUUUUGGCACCAGAAUGCUUCAUUCUAUGAUGGUCUUUUGAUAAGGUUACCUUGCUAGAGUUUGGAGCAGGGCUUCAGAUUGGCCAAAAUGGGAAGGACUGGAUUCCACUCUCUUCCACGAAGAGUCAAUGGAACUGGCUAAGAUCAAGGUCUGAGGCUUUUUCCAUCUGUCAUCAGUCCCUUUUUGCUUUCUUUUACGACCACAUGAAACUUGAGAAGCCACCUAAAGCUAAAUCAUUUAGUGGAGUUGGGCAGUUCCCAAGUGUCCAACAAGAAGGCCUGGUUUAGGCUGCGAUGGCCACUGUCAUUCCUGGUGAUUUGUCAGAAGUAAGAGAUACCCAGAAAGUCCCUUCAGGGAAACGUAAGCGUGGUGAAACCAAACCAAGAAAAAACUUUCCUUGCCAACUGUGUGACAAGGCCUUUAACAGUGUUGAGAAAUUAAAGGUUCACUCCUACUCUCACACAGGAGAGAGGCCCUACAAGUGCAUACAACAAGACUGCACCAAGGCCUUUGUUUCUAAGUACAAAUUACAAAGGCACAUGGCUACUCACUCUCCUGAGAAAACCCACAAGUGUAAUUAUUGUGAGAAAAUGUUUCACCGAAAAGAUCAUUUGAAAAAUCACCUCCAUACACAUGACCCUAACAAAGAGACGUUCAAGUGUGAAGAAUGUGGCAAGAACUACAACACGAAGCUUGGAUUCAAGCGUCACUUGGCCUUGCAUGCUGCAACAAGUGGUGACCUCACCUGCAAGGUCUGUUUGCAGACUUUCGAAAGCACAGGAGUGCUUCUGGAGCACCUUAAAUCUCAUGCAGGCAAGUCAUCAGGCGGGAUUAAAGAGAAAAAGCACCAGUGCGAGCACUGUGAUCGCCGGUUCUACACCCGGAAAGAUGUCCGGAGGCACAUGGUGGUGCACACUGGAAGAAAGGACUUCCUCUGUCAGUAUUGUGCACAGAGAUUUGGGCGGAAGGAUCACCUGACUCGACACAUGAAGAAGAGUCACAAUCAAGAACUUCUUAAGGUCAAAACAGAACCAGUGGAUUUUCUGGACCCAUUUACCUGCAAUGUUUCUGUGCCUAUAAAAGAUGAGCUCCUUCCGGUGAUGUCCUUACCUUCCAGUGAACUGUUAUCAAAGCCAUUCACAAACACUUUGCAGUUAAAUCUCUAUAACACUCCAUUUCAGUCCAUGCAGAGCUCGGGGUCCACCCACCAAAUGAUCACAACUUUACCUUUGGGAAUGACAUGCCCAAUAGAUAUGGACGCUGUCCAUCCUUCUCACCACCUUGCUUUCAAAUACCCAUUCAGUUCUACCUCAUAUGCAAUUUCUAUUCCUGAAAAAGAACAGCCAUUAAAGGGGGAAAUUGAGAGUUAUCUGAUGGAGCUUCAAGGUGGUGUGCCCUCUUCCUCCCAAGAUUCUCAAGCAUCGUCAUCUAAACUAGGGUUAGACCCUCAGAUUGGGUCCCUAGAUGAUGGUGCAGGGGACCUCUCCCUCUCAAAAAGCUCCAUUUCUAUCAGUGACCCCCUAAACACACCAGCAUUGGAUUUUUCUCAGUUGUUUAACUUCAUACCAUUAAAUGGCCCUCCCUAUAAUCCCAUAUCAGUGGGGAGCCUUGGAAUGAGCUAUUCCCAAGAAGAAGCACAUUCUUCUGUCUCUCAGCUCCCCCAGCAAACACAGGAUCUUCAGGAUCCUGCCAGUACCAUAGGUCUGGGCUCUCUGCACUCACUGUCAGCAGCUUUCACAAGUAGUCUAAGCACAAGCACCACCCUGCCACGUUUCCAUCAAGCUUUUCAGUAGGAGCGCGAGACGUUGAUAUAUUACAAAACGUACGUGUAGCUCUGCUUUAAGACACCAUUGUUAUUUUAGUGCCUACUUUAAGACAGUAUAAAAAUUCCUGCUUUUGUAUAGUACCAAUUUUCAUUAAGCCAGUAUAAAAAUAGAAACUAGCUUUUUAAAUGAGCUUUGGAACCAUUUGUGUUCAGUUAUGUUUACCUGGGUAUUUUGUCCUGAUUCACUGCCAAUUGUCAUAUUUUAAGAUCAUUUUUUCAUUUAGAAAAGCCAUUAUCAGUAAAGCCUUACAGGUCCCAUGUUCAUACUACAUUUAGAUCUUAAAGUCUUCAUUUUUGUCCAGUAACAAUGGCUGUACCUUUUGACAUUUGGCUCAUGCAGUGGAAUGUACAUUUUCCAAAAUGUAUAUGAAUCACUCAAGAGUUUUAAAAUUUUUUACUAGUUUAUGAGUGGAUUCAUAAUCAGACAAUUCAAAUGAUUAAGAAUCCACUUGGAGAGAGAUUAGGUGUUUCUUAGGUGUACCAUAAUUUCAGGUCAGUAUAUUUUGAAGGCAGGCUUGCUGUUGUCUGAUGCAAAUGCUUGCUGUCUUUAUGAUGCACAUAUAAGGAAAAACAAAAUCUGAACACAAACCACCAGUAUUUAGAGCAAAAAGAGACUCUUAGCAAGGUGACACAGCAUUCCAUGUUACUUAAUAGCUGUCUUUAAAUUAGUACACAGGAUAUUUUGCCACUCUUCACAUUUCUUUAACUUGCUCCCUUUCCAUUCAAUAAUAUGAAUAGUGGAUGGGAUUGGAGUCGUCAGAGGGAGUGCAUAGUUCUCUUGUUGUGACCAAAGGGUAGGUCAAGUACAGCCAGCAAUUUUAUUUUGACUGUCAGUUCAACCUUUGUCCAGAAUCUAGUGCCAGCGUAGGACACAGAUGCUACCUGUGUCGAUUCCAGAGUGGACGGCUUAUAGGAUAUGGUAGACUCCUGGACAGAGAGACAGACAUGAAGCACAAAGUUCAACUUGGAAUCUUGUCUAGAGAUCAUGUCCUCUGUUGCCAGGGUCAGAAACUGGACUCUUAAGAGUUAAGUACAGGUAUAUCCCUUAGUAUCUAUUGCUUUUUGCUGAAUUUGGUAAGGUUUUCUUUCCCUUAGGAGUCAAAGCCGAAAACAAAAUAAUGGUCUUAACCCCAGAGGUGUCUUUCUCAUUCAGUGUUAAUUCAUCUUUUCAUGCUCUUUUCAGAUGGAUAAGUUAAAGUAAAUGCAUUAAGAAACUACUUGAGGACUGACCAACAAAAAAUAUAUACAGUAAAACCCCACUUUUACACAUUGCUGGGAAAGGGAGUGAAUGUUGCAAAUAAGUUGAAUUUAUGGAGGGAGAAAAAGUAAAGUAAAAUGAGCAUUAUCUAGUUAACAUGAAGAUAACAUUAUCUUCACUGAAUACAAUAUUUACCACAGGCUUUCCUCAUGUUAGACAACCACCAUCAUUUUCUCAAAG